GAUGAUGUUGGUUUGCAGGUGUUAACAUUCUUUGCUGGAGCUCUAUUGGAGAAGCAGAUUGUAGUUGUCUGUUCUAAUUUGGGAAUCCUAUCUGCGUAGAUUCUAUCAGUUAUUCCAUUAAUCCGACCCUAUCAAUGGCAAAGCCUGCUAAUGCCGGUUUUACCAAAUGACAUGCUUGAUUUUCUGGACGCUCCUGUCCCUUACAUAGUUGGUGUUAGGCACAAGACAAAUGAAGUUCAGUCAAAGUUAACCAAUGUUAUUCUGGUUGAUGCCAACAGAAACCAGGUGAAGUCACCGUCACUACCUCAACUGCCAAGACAGAAAGAGCUAAUGUCUUCUUUACGUCCUUAUCAUGCAACUCUUGUAGGAGAAAGUUACUUGGGUAGGAGAAGGCCAGUGUAUGAAUGCACGGAAAUGCAGGUAGAAGCUGCCAAGGGAUUCUUAUCCGUGUUAAGAUCUUAUUUGGAUUCCCUUUGCUAUAACAUCCGUUCACAUACAAUAACCAAUGUACAAUCGAAUGAUGAUAAGGUAUCCUUGCUUUUGAGGGAAAGUUUCAUCGACUCAUUCCCUUAUCGCGAGCAGUCUUUCAUGAAGCUUUUCGUGGAUACACAACUCUUCUCUGUACACACAGAUCUUGUGCUCUCUUUCUUCCAAAAGGAAUAGGAAUGAAUUACAAAUCAUUUUUAGAAUAUUACUUCCUUUGUAAAGGAUUUCACACAAGUUCAGUGCUGGAUAAUUUCUCUAAAUUAUGAGGUAAAAUUUUGUCCCCAUACAUGCAGUGAUAAGUUCUGUUCUCUUUUCUCCCCUAGGCUUUUAGUACAACCUGUACAUAGUUAAGUGAGAAUUCAAUCUUCAUUAGGAUUAUAGGUGCUUUCAUUUAAUGUAAAUGACAUUUUUUUAUACACAUGUAAAAUCAGUGCUUUGUAGGAUAUGACUAAUGUUAUUGAAUUGUGGCUAUGGUGUUGA